AUGGCGUCCCAGCUGGCCUCUUUGGAUUAUCAGCCUCUCGCAAAUCCAAAAACCACCGACGAAAAUGCGGAUGCCCAGCAUGAGUCGAGCAACCGACGAACUUCCUGGAUGAGUGAAUCUGGACCAGCGGCAACGCAGGAGAUAACCAACCACGAAGAGGGGAGCCCAAAGUCUCCCUGCGAGCAGGCUCGCUCGCUCAGCCCUGAGUUGAUUUCGUUCGGCCAACAAAAGGAUCUCAUUGGCCCAACCCGCACCUCCUCGUUCCACUGGUUCUCGAAGUUGUCGACGCUCGAGGACUGGUGGUUCUUCGAGCUCUUGGGGGUCCUUGGCGCAGCUGGUGCGCUCAUUGGGAUAAUUGUAGUUUUAUGGAGGUACGACAACGAACCACAGCCGCAGUGGGAUGGCAUCUCCCUCAACUCGUUGGUGUCGUGGCUCAGCACCGUCGCCAAGGCUUGCGUUCUGAUGCCCGUCACCAAGGGCUUGAGUCAACUGAAGUGGGUAUGGUUUGCGGAGAGAGACCGGCCACUGGCCGAUAUCGCCGUCUUUGAUGCGGCAAGUCGUGGUCUUGUUGGAAGUGCUGAGCUGCUGUGGCAUCUCAGAGGAAGACACUUUGCGGUUCUCGGGAGCGUGGCUGUAAUUCUGAGCCUAGGGUUUGACCCAUUCACGCAAAACCUUAUCCAAUAUUACGCACAAUCGGUUCCCGACAUGGAUCAGGUAGCGCGUCUUGCCAAUGCUUCUACGUACGAGACGGUCGGCCCAGGGAUCGGAGUCUACUAUGUCGACCCAGUUCUGAAGUCCAACGUAUACAGCGCGCUGUUCAACACAGAUCCCACGGCAGCAUGGGCAACUCCACAGUACUUCUGCAGCACCGGAAACUGCAACUGGGGGCCAGUGUCAACUUUCGCUUACUGCCCGCAAUGCUCCGACGUCAGCGCAAGCUUGAACUACAGCUGCCCCGUCGGAUCGGACUCGUUUCGCAAGAACUGCACGGUGUCCCUGCCGGAUUCGGGGUAUUCCCUAUGGUACAGGCAAAUGUCGCCAAGCUUCUCGAACGGAGUUGUCAUGACAAUGGGGCCCAACACGGCGAAAAGCAACGCCACGUCCGUGACGUACAACUCGAUCCGCGCGGUAGUCAACGACUCUGGGCUUGUCGACUCGACAGGCGACAAUGUCGUUUCCAGUAACCUCAGCUCCAACACGACCUUCAUCGGCACCGAGUGCGCCAUCGUGCCCUGCGUGCGCAGCUUCCAUGCCUCAGUCGUCAACGGCACCUACCGCGAACAAGAUAUCGGCACAUGGUACGGGUCCAACGAAAGCAUCGGCACGUGGAUGGCGUCGCACGUCGACCCGCCGUGGGGCCUCGAGCAUGGUGUGCGCCCGGGGCAGACAUUCGGCAUCCGCGACGGCUGGGUCGUCAAGACGCUGCUGGACUACUACCUGCGGCAGAUGCUGCGCGCCAACGUCACCGUCAGCGCCGACGCCCUGGCCUUCGACGUCGCUGCACGGCCGCUCGGAUCGACUUUCCCAUGGUAUGACGCCGCCGACGUCGCCCAGGCUAUCUUCUACGCCAACUUCACCGCCGAUACGUGCGACACGCCCGGCGAUAAGUUCGCCUGCGCCGUGACCAAUGUCGCCAAGGCCGUGUCCAAGGCCAUCAGGGAUGCACCGUACGUCGCCAACGGGACGUCCGGGGCGGACAUGGCGGUGGGCCAGACCAUGGUGACAGUGACAUACGUGCGCGUUCGCUGGGGCUGGCUGGCGCUCCCCGUGCUGGUGUGGGUGCUGGGCGUAGUGACAUGGAUCGGCACGGCGUGGAAGACACGUAGGGCGAAGAUUCAGACGUGGCGGAGCAGCCCAUUGCCCCUGUUGUUUCUGUAUCGAGAACAGGAUAGUCAGCGGGAGAGGGAGGAUGCAGCGGCGUACGGCCCGUCCGACGAAGGCUAUGAGCGGAGGGCGGAGGAUAUUAGAGCGAGACUGUCUGUAAAAAGAGACGGGGCGAGACUCGUGGGUUCAUGA